AUGAGCAACCGUCCGAAAAUACCUUCACUUGAUGAUCAUUAUUGUCAAGUAUGUUCAUCAUCAUCAUCAAGUGAUAAAACUAGACAUUUUUCAUGCUUUUUUUGUGAACAUUGUCGUUUAUCAAUGUGUUAUGAAUGUUUUGAGAAACAUACAAGUCAAUUGGUUGAUGAAUUUAAUCAUUUGCAAAAUGUGUUUGAUAAUAAACAACAAUUUCUUAGUCAAUAUCAAGAACAUUGUUUACGUAGUGUGAAUUCUGCAUUUGAUGAAGUACUUAAUGAUUUAGAAAAUCUUCGACGUGAAAGUAUUAAUUAUGUUAAACAACAAUUUAAUGAUGCCGAAAUAGUUUUAUCAGAAAUGCUGACUAAUAUUAAGCCAUUAAUGACUAAAGCUCAACACAGUUGGACUCGUGAAGGUAUAAUAAAAAAUACUACAUUUGAACUUGAAAUACAACGAAAACAAAUAAAUGAUAUUGAACGUCGUCUUGAUACAUUUUCAUCACCAAAAAUGCAAAUAAAAAUGUCAACAUUUCCACGAAAUAAACUUGACUUACAGUGUCAACUUCUUUCAAAUUUAUAUACAUCAACAAAAAAAUUUUCUGCUUCUUAUCCAGGUAAAACAAUUUUAACACGAUGUUCAUAUGGUAAAUUAACUGGAUUACCAAAUGAAAAAAUUGAUGUUGAAACAGAAAUUGAAGAACUUAAUCAAAAUAGCUUUAUGAAUAAACAAAUUCAAACUGAUCCAAUAAUUGGUUUUAAUUAUAAUAUUGAUUAUCGAGAAAAUUUGUAUGUACCACAUAAAACAAAUCAUUUUAAUGAUCGUUUUAGCACAGAAGAUUGUUUAAGUACACGUUUGAUUCAACAAAGUACAAUAUUAACAGAAAAAGAAGUUGAUCGAAUUGCAAGUGAUGGCGAACAUUUACUUUAUUUUUCUGAUUCAUCAAACUCACUUUGUUAUAUAACAAAUGUUAUACACACUAAAGAAGUUAAUAAUACAUCCAUAACGAAAGAAAUAUCAUGUCGAUGGUUAUAUCAUUCUAUUCUUGAUAUAGUUUAUUCUCCAGCAUCAUCACAAUUUGUUUGUGCUACUAAAACCGGUGUUUAUACAUGUACUAUUAUAAAUUCAAUAUUUGAUAUACAAAUACAAUUAACAAAAAAUUGUUCAUAUGUUAGAUUAUCAACUGAUAAGAAUUAUAUUUGGAUUUGGACAGAUACUCCACAAUCAAAUCAAUUAAGCAUAUAUACACCAAAAACAUUUAAUUGUAUAAAAAUAUUUAAUUUAAAUGAUUAUUCACAUUUUAUGAAUAAUAGUACAUCAUUUUGUAUACAUGCACAUAUUUUAGCAACAUUAUUUCAAUUUCGACCAAUACCAUACAUAUAUUCUCAUAGAAAAAUUUUUCAUUUAACAUUAUGUGAUAGUAUUGAUUUACAUGAACUAUGUACAAUAGAUUUAGGUGAAUGUGAUAUUGAUCAUGAAAUACGUGUUAAUAAUAAUGGUUUAUUUUUUAUAACAAAUGGUGACAAAACAUUAUGGAUUGUUGAUCAAAAUGGAAAAAAAGAAUAUAUUCCAUUAGUUCGAAUAGGACGUGCUUUAACAAUACAUGCAAGAAAUGAUGUUAUAAUUGCAAAUGGUACACAACAAUUACAAUGUGUUCAAUUUAUAGAAAGAGAUUAA